ACAAAGAGGGAGGCGUCAGUCGGCUCCGCGCUGGCGAAGGGGGCGCCUUCUUCUUUGUUUUUGUCGAUUAAAAAGUACAACCGUCGGAAGAGUAUGGCUCAUUAAAGAAACGAUAUCAUGUUUAGAACAUGAAUAUGGCUUCGCAAGUCGAGGAAAGCUUCAUAAUGCGCGGUUUGUCGACCAGAAAGUAACCUUAGUCCCAAUCUGGACGAACAACUCGGCGGCCAAGAGUAAACGAAGCGUAAAAUAAGUGGGGGUUUCUCAGUAAUCUUAGCAUUUCACCACCGGUCAACCUUCAGAGCUAUUCUCCAUCGGCAGGUACAAGACUCAGGUGAAGAAAUGGACCGAGGUGGCUGUCAAAUGAAUGGCGGCGGUGGCAGUGAAAGGAGCGGGCCCGACCGACACGGGAUGAUCACACUGGAGGACCUGGAGUCCUUCUCGGAGGACCAACUGUCAGACUCGGGCAAUGGCAGCCUCGAAGAAGAGGGAGAAAACAUGGAGGACGACGAAGAUCAGGACCGACUGCUUCAUUAUUGGCAGGACGUGGCGAGGGGACACCAAGUGGAAGUUGCUCAAGAUAUGGCAGAGCCCAUACAACUGUUAACCAGCAACAAUCAAGGACGCAGUCAGAGACAACACAUCCCUUUCACUUUGCUCGGCCGCAAAGAGAAGUGUGGGGAGCUGUUGUAUGAGAAACGCCAAUAUGAAAAGGGCCACUGGGCUUGUAUAACAAUGCAUGAGGACACGUAUGAACAGAGCAUCUGCUACGGGUUUAUGAGGAUAAUGAGAUACAUCUGUCAGCAGAACUCAAUAGGUGACUACCUGGGCAUGACGCUCCCCAUUGUCACAGUGGUGCGCACAGAUGAGACACGCACUCAGAUGUCCCAUGAUGUCACUGUGGCCUAUUUCCUUCCUGAUUAUCAUCAGGCCCAGCCCCCACAGCCUACUGACAACGAAAUUGUCAUAGAGAUCUGGCCCGCCACUACUGUAUACACGAGGCCCUUUACUGGUCCCACGAAUGAAGUGACCAUCCUUGAUCAGAUCACCACCAUGGCUGAACUACUAGACUCCCCGGGUGUGUGCAUCAACAACUCGUUCAUCGUGGCCGGCUACACCAACCCUGCUCAUAGCCACCGCCAGAAUGAGAUCUGGUUCCUUGAACGACCCUAAAGGACGAGAGGAUUAAGCAGCAUCCUACCUUGUGACCCUUGAGCCUCAUAAAGACUCCCUUAACACUGCCGCAGCUCAGCUACAGCCUCAGGUGCAACAUCCUCUUUAGCCACCACUUCUACCUGAAACAACCACCAGCCCAUCACACUCCAGAUGAGAUGGGGCUUGAAAUAAAAACUAGCCCUUAGCUUUACUCUCAUUGAAUUUUCAUUCAUGCUCAUAAAGAUCCAUCGUUGUUUCACCCCUAAGAACUGAACUGGCAUCCUCUCACAGACAUGACCAGAUGCUACAAAUGAGCAUAGCAUUCAUCUUCUGCUCUCACACUGAGAUGACUUCAGACAUCCCUCCCUACCCGCAUCCCUCUCCUGUUUAAAGUUGAAAUCAUUUGAUCUCUCAGCGCUUUGUGAACAUAGUGACCUUUGAUCGGUGUCAGAAAAAUGUGCAACAGCCUGUCUUGCCGCAGCGGAAGCAGGUUCCCAAUGAACAUGCAGCCUUAUCUAUAUGCUCCCUGUCUGUUUCGUUGCACAGCUACAGUGUUCUGUCAUGUGGGGUGAAGGUCAAUGCACAACAGAAAAAAAAUGUUAUUUUUAGCUUGCUGGGGUGAUUUCAUGUCAGUGUUGAUCUGCUGUUUUCUUUAUCUCUGGGCUUCACAAUUCACUACACGGUAAAAGUCUAUGUGAUCAUGUGGCACUGCAUAUUUACUGUUUCAACAAUAAGUGCAAUAUAUGCCAGAUAACCCACAAUUAACAAGACAGUUAUUAAAGAUCAUGGGCCUCUUGCCUAACCCAAUCCAGCAGCUGAUAUGCUGGGUUUGGGAAGGGAUCUGCAGCAUGCAGCACAACCAAAUUAAUCUGCAACAUCCAGACUAGAUUAUGUGGCUUUCACCAUAUAUAAGCUCAAUAAAAUAGCUGACACUAAGGCUUUGUUCGGACUGCAAACAAACCAGAUUUUUGUUAAAACUAGAUCUUAAAGACAGACUAUCUACUUUUAUUGAUCAGAUCUGAUAUUAAAAUGUUCGCUCUGUUAACAAGAUAGGCAUCAGUAAAGAUAUACGCUAGUGAAAUUGAGCUACUUCUUCACAACUUCUUGCACUGUCAGUUUAUUUCAGUGCCUGUCCACGGACUGCUUGAAGCAACGUGGAUUCUGCUCAGGAUUUUACACCGCCAUUACAACAAAAUCAGACCUGUGCACCCACAUCGCCCGGUCUGAGACGCAUCUUUAGAAACCAUGCAGUCUGAACAAGGCCUGAAUCUAAAAAGCAAACACGUAUGAACAAAACAUGUUCAAAGGUGUUUGUAUGAAUGUAAAGUUUCACAAACAGGUUAAAACAAAUGCCACACUUCUAUAGACCAACAUCUGAAAACUCACUGGUUUUACUGCUGAAUGACAAUCAUGAAGUUGGAUAUUACACACAUCCUUUUCUCUAUAGACAAGUCAAUGCAUUCCUCAUGUUUCCAGUCCACUCACACACAGAAAUAGUUACCUUUGUACCUUUUUCAUGCUCUUUCUACUUGCUACUCUGUGUUAAUGUUAGUGAGUAUGCAUUCACUCAUUCAAAUGCCACUGUUGCUGAGUAGAGGAGAUGCAUCCGAGAAAAGACAGAGCACAGAGAAUAUCUCUACUGUGAUCAUACUCUUUUUUUAAAUAGAAGAAAACCUAAAUUCUGUUCUAGUUCAAACUGUUUUUAAUGUUUAUCACCAAUCUAUGAGAGUCUAUUAAUUCAGAAUGAAAGAAGUACGUAUGUUUAUCUUCACUAUAUUUUAAAAUAAAAUCUCAGUCAUCCCGGA